AUGGGACGUCACAUGAACCCCGACAUUCGGUUGUGUGCACUGUACGAGUUCAAACUUGGGCGCUGUUCUCGAAUAGCUUUCGAUAAUUUGGUCCGAGCGUAUGGCGCCAAUGUCGCCUCGAUGUCCACGGUUAUGAGUUGGUUUCGAAAAUAUCGUGACGGCAAUGAGAACACGGAUCAUGAAAAAUCGUCUUCGAAGGUGAAUGACAUGGAACUGAAACAAUUGAUGUACGAGUAUCCCCACAUAGGAAUGAAGGAACUGGCGCGAUACUUUGGUGUCAGGUAUACCACAAUCAAAUAUCACAUCGAUUCAAUUGCCAAAGGAAAAUUCCGGAAAUACACUGGAGAUAAACCGGUGAGUUUUGAUAAUUGA